AUGGAGCCUCCGCAGGGCCCGAGGAGGAGAGCAGGGUCUCUGGACAGGACACGGGACCCCAGGAGGGACUCGGACACGUGGGACUGCCGGUGCCUGUCCCUGCCCACCACCCCCUCCAAGAGGGCACUUCGCCGGACGGCCAGCGAAGGGGCCAGACGCCCCGAGAGCCCAGCCCCGGCUGAGGAGGCUCAGGGCGCCACAGCUACAGCCCUCAGCCCGGAGGAGAGCAAGGAGUUCCUCCCCAGGGAGCAGAGGUCUCCGCAGGACGCCAAGAAGGACAAGGCCCAGAGGUGGGCCCCGCAGGGGUGGCUGAAGACCCUGCUGAACAUCUUCCUGAGGACAGGCCUCGAGGAGCCCAAAGAAAAGGCCAGCAGGAGGGCGAAGGGGAAAGAUGGGCCCCCGCAGCCCGCGGAAACCCCUGAAGCACCCGGGGAGCUGGCUUCCAGGAAGAAAGCCCACGACAGGAAGGCCAGCCGCAAGAAACACGGUCACAAGAAACGCUCUACCGAGGAAGCCAGGGGCGCCCCAGAGCAGGAGGUGGGAGGCUGGGAGGCAGGACUGCCCACGAUGGCUGCUGCCGUGUGCCCCGAGGAGGCUGACCUGGGCCCAGCUCGUGGGGGCAGGGUGGAAUCUGAUCUCCACUGGUCCUUGUGCAUCGAAGGCGAGGGUGCUGGAGUCUCCGAGGUUUCUUCCCAGGACGCAGGUCGCCAGCGGGAAGAGGAUCUCGCACAGCCUGACCAGGAUGCUUGCAUCCAGAUGAUAGUGGAAUUUCUCAAGAAAGUGGGAGACCAGUGGGAAGAAGAGCAACUUCAAGGCCCUAAGCUAGAGGCGGCUCCACAAAAUCCAUCACCGGCCCUCAGGAGGAAAUCUCAAAGGAAGAAGUCUGGUCUCAAGAGAGCCUUUUCUCUUAAGAAGCACGGCUCCGAGGAGGCCAAGAGAGCCGGGGCUGCAGACGUUUUCAGUGCAGAGUCCCGGCCGCCCAGGAGGCCCACCUUUCUGCCCCUGUGUGUUGGGGGCCAACGGCCCUCCACCUCCGGCAGCUUUGGCAUGGAAGAACCUGAAGUCCAAGAGGCCUUGUCUACAGAUGUCGGUGGUCCAAGUCCCUUCGAGCUUUCCACGCCCGCAGGAAGCUGGGGACCAGAAGGGGACUCGCAGGUGGACGGAGACACGGAAUCCCGAGAAUUCACCCAGAAGAUCACUGCCCUACUCCAAGACCCGGAGGAGCAGGAGGGAGAGAAGCAACUUCAAGUCCAGCAGCCAGAGGUGGCUGUAGAAAACCUGGGCCUAGCCUGCAGAAAGAAAUCCCAAGAGAAAAAGUCCAACUUCAGAAGAGCCUUUUCUCAGAAGAAAUAUGGCUUCAAGGAGCCCAAGAGAGCAGGGGCUGCAGAUGCUGCCAGCCCGGAGUCCCGACCACCCAAGAGGCCCAGCUUUCUGCCCCUGUGUGUUGGGGGCCAACGGCCCUCCAGCUCCAGCAGCCUCGAUUUGGAGGACCUCGAGUUCCAGGAGUCUUCGCCUGCAGAAGGGGAUCCAGCUCGGUCCUCAGAAGCACCCUCCCAGGCCAGAAGCCACAAGCCAGAAGAGGGACCGCAGCCGGAUGGAGCGUCUGAAUCUAAGGAGCUGAUCAUGCAGAAGCUGGUGGCCCUUCUCCAGGAAGCUGGUGGCCAGUUGGGGGAGGAGAUCGGGCGACACCCCAGCUUGAAGAGGUAUUCUUGCAAGCUCUCAGACUCCUCCCUUAGAAAGCUGGCGGCUGCCCUGGGCAGCCGGGAGGCCCAGUCCACUGCGCCCCACAGGAACCUGGCCGAGGGAUCCUACCAGUUUGCCUUCGGCUUGGCUAACACGUUUGCUGGCAACAACAGCCACACCGUCCUCAGCCUCAGGGGCCUACACUUCAGCUGCCACAGUUACACCCACUUCCCACACGGGGAGGCUCCGCAGAACAUUGCAAGUCCUGAGACCCAAAGUCCAGAUUGA